CAUACAACACUUUUUUCUUUUUUGUUUUUUCUUAUAACAGCAGCGCCUUCCGCCAUCACCGUUUUGUUGUGCUGGUGUUGUCCUGCUCGGGACAGCACAAUGAUUGGGAUGCUGCCCAGAGCUGUGCCAGCUUUGACACACAGCAAUGCCAGAGCAGCUGUUCUGCAUCACUCCACACACUGGAAUCAAUUACUAGCAUCCAUCAGCAGACCUCUUGCACUGGGGCUCAUAGCAAGAUCUUAUAGUGGACGGAAAUUACUUUCUUCAGUUUCAGCUUGUGUUCGGAGGGAUAAUGAGCAAUCAUCUUCAGUCCAGAACUGUGGAGUUGUACAGAAUCGAUCAUACAAGAACUUUGGGCACAAAAAAAUAUCUGAGCCCAGAGGAAAGAAGUUAUUUUAUGCUGCAAUUGGACUUGUGAUGUUAGGUAUUUCACUUGACUUGCCACUCUUGAAGAGACUUCUCUCUGUGGAGGCAGCAAGUGUUGCUGAAACUGAUCAGGAACAUGAUGCAGAGGAUGAGGAGGAAAAAAUAGAUAUAGACUCCUCAGAUGAGAGUGAGUCAGAUGAUGCAGCUGUAGAGGAGAGGAAGAAGAAAAAGCGUGUGGGAUUUCGAGACAGGAAGAUCAUUGAGUACGAGAACAGAAUUCGGGCAUAUUCCACCCCGGACAAAAUUUUCCGCUACUUUGCCACCUACAAGGUAAUACAGCGGAUGGAUGGUGGCAAUGACAGGGCAGAGAUUUUUAUGACUCCUGAUGAUUUUGUACGAGCACUGACUCCGGGGAUGCAGCAGCCCAAUGGGUUAGGCCUUGACCAGUUCAAGAGAUAUGACCCCAAGAGGAAGAAGUCUAGCAAUACCUCAGAAAUGGAUGAGUUAUCAGACAGUUACAAGGAAGGGGAGGAGGAGGAGGCUGAACAGGGAUUUGAACUGAACACCUCCUGCAAACUUGAACUUGCUCUGGAUGAAGACUCAAUCUUCUACAAGCUGGGCAGUUCUGGCCUUAUUUCCUUCUCAGACUUUAUUUUUUUGCUUACUGUACUCUCAACCUCUCGCCGCCACUUUGAAAUAGCUUUUCGUAUGUUUGAUCUGAAUGGUGAUGGUGAUGUGGACUAUGAGGAGUUUGACAAAGUGGCCACACUGAUACGCAACCAGACCAGCAUUGGGGCUCGCCAUCGUGACCAUGCCAACACUGGUAACACUUUCAAGGGAGUCAACUCAGCCCUGAGUACAUACUUCUUUGGCCACACCUUGAAGGAGAAACUGACCAUUGAGAAGUUUUUGUCUUUCCAGCAGCAGUUGCAGCAAGAAAUUCUCAGCUUAGAGUUUCGCCGCAAGGGUCCCAACGAGAAAGGAUUAAUUACUGAGGCUGAUUUUGCUGAGCUGCUGCUGGCAUAUGGAGGUUAUCCUACAAACAAGAAGGCCAGGAUGUUGAAGAGAGUGAAGAAAGCUUUCAAGGGUGAGGCUUCCCAGGGCAUCAGUCGCAUUGAUUAUCUGAAAUUCUUCCACUUCUUGAACAAUAUCAAUGAUGUUGACACAGCCCUCACAUUUUACCAUAUUGCUGGAGCUUCCAUUGAUCCAGUUACUCUGAAGCAUGUGGCCAAGACUGUUGCCCAUGUGGAGCUCUCUGACCAUGUGGUUAAUGUUGUGUUCACCCUCUUUGAUGAUAACAAUGAUGGCCAGCUCAGCAACAGGGAAUUUGUAGCAGUAAUGAAGAACCGGUUGCAGCGAGGUCUUGAGAAACCCAAAGACACUGGGUUUGUCAAGCUGAUUGCCUCAAUGUUCAAGUGUGCCAGAGAAACCAAACCUGUCCUUCUGGACAUAUGAGGGAAGGUGCGUGUGCAGGAUGCUGAGCUGAAGGAGGCAGAGUGGAAGAAGCACUGUGAGGGAUGCAACUGUCGCAAAGGCAAGCACCAGCAUUCUGAUGAAGAAAACAAGGAGCAUGAAAAGUAGUCUCUCAGUAAGUUGAAUUGAUUGAUAUUUGUGAAAAAGAAUAACUUUUUAAAGAGGAAGUGAAGGGAGUGUUGUUGAGAGGAUAGAAGUUAUCAUGAAGGUGGAGGCAGAUGAUGGGUCAGGUUAAAGAGAAAAUAUUUGGCAGUUUGAAAGGAUGAUACGUCAAUGAAAUCUAAGGACAGGUUAUUGUGGUCAUCUAAUUUUGCAAGAACUUAGCAUGAUACUUCUUUGAUAUAACUAUAAGGAUAAUCCAAAAAAAAUAAGUGAUGAAAAAAUGACACAAAUCUAUGGGAUGUUUGUUCUCAUCAUCAUGCAAGGAAUGUCGUGCCACCUUAUGACAUCAUUUCAUUAUAGCACCUUAAAAAUCAUUUGAUCAGAAUCAUGCAGAGUAGAAUUUUUCACUUACAAAGAGAAAAUUUUUAUUAUUCAUCAGACAGGCAAGCUUCACCAAAACAGGAAUAAUUUGAAAUGAAAAGAUUUCUUAAUUUAUGUAGGGGAAAAUUAUGAUGAAACGUAGAAAUGCUGUGAAAAGUUGUUGAUGAUACAGAUCAUCAUAGUCAAAUUUGAAAAUUAUGCUCCUUAAUGAAUAUGAAAAAGAUGAAAGAAUGACAUUGAAAAAGAAGAGCGUAUACCACAGAGAACAGACUGUUGUCAAAAACAGUUGCGUCUUACAAGUGCACUGCCAGCCAGCCUUUGCUUUCAUACAUCAGUCACUAGAUAUCCACAGCUUUUACAGUCCUGAGACUAAAAUCAGGGCAGGUAUAGGCUUUUCAUAUCCUCUUUUUCUUGUCCUUGAAGUUUUCUUGUUUUAAUUUUUGCACCCAGUAAACUACACUUACCUUCACAUUUGGUUUUCUGUUGUCACUGGUCUGUAAACUGGAUUGAAUGUUAACAAAAUAUUGACAGUAUUCUGAGGCUGGUGUGGCAGUGUUAGUGGAGAACAAUUUGUUAAGAGUGACAGUAUUAACUGAACAGAGAUGUUUGAAGCAGAAUAUGAUCCCUCUGAAACAGUGUGUGGCAAUCCCAGCACAUGCAUACUAAUAAAUAACAUAGAUUUUCUGCCUAGCAGCAAGAUUAAUUGUUUAUUUAAAAUAUAUUAAAUUAGAGUUCUGCAAGUCAUUUACAUGGAAAUUCUAAACAUAUUACUAUGUAGCAAAAUCUUUCUAUCUUAGACUCAAAGGGUAUAUUUUGGGGAUCUGUAUCUUUUCAUUCAUUUACUUACAGCAUGGUAAAUAAGAGGCACAAAAAUAGAAUAGGCAUUGCUCUUUAUAUAUAAUGUAAAAGACAGAUGACCUUUCAAGCACCAUGACAACUUGCACAUCCCCUUGUAUGCCUCUGGAGAUUUAGCUUUCCAGGCCAGCAUUGAUGCACUAUUUCAGUUGGGUCGUUUUGCCAAAGCAAAGAUAGUUUAUACCUGUUAAUAAAAAGAUAGUUCUUAUAGAUAUCUCCAAGAUUAUUGUGAUUUAGCACUACUGAGGUAUAUUGUUCAUUGUUUACCUGCUUGUAUUAAAUAACUGCUUAAAUUUAGGGAGUCAGUAAGUAUUGGUGUCUUGAAAUAUAUGAACAAUAAUAUGCCGUUAGUACAAGAAUCACAAAUAGAGAUUUAGAAAACAAAAUAAACAUGAUGAUUAUGUGAUAUUGUAGAACCACUUGUAAAUUGAGAUAUUUUGUACAGAUGCUCACGUAUGCAUAAAAAUGGGAAAUCAGAAAAUCAGAAACAAAGCUUUUUUUUAUUAUUAUUAUUAUUAUUAUUAUUAUUAUUAUUAUUAUUAUAAUACUUUUCUGGCUUUUGGUGAUAUGAUUGCUUGCUGCUGAUCUGCCUCAUCCUCCUAAUUAUUAUGCACCAACUCUGCUUUACUUAAAGUUGUCUCAUCACAUUUACAUUGGAAGGAAAGGAAUGAACUCUAUUUAUUUAUUUUAUUUGUUUAUUUAUUAAUUUAUUCAUUUUUAUUAUUCUUCAUCUUCAAACAGUUGACCCAAGUUAUGCUUAGCAAGUCCAUAGGUUUCAUUUUCGCGACGCGCUUCAAGGUGUGGAGCACGAGUGAAUGGUUUGAACAUGUUACCUGUCUGUUUGGUCCCAUUGUCGAGGUAGGUUUGUAACGUGUAUCCCUAUAAGUGGUAGAAUUGAGGUGACGUGGAAGCCAGGCAGAUUUAAUACGUAUCUGGAGAUGGGGAAGUGGCUUGUCUUCAUGAAAUAGGUUUGGUAAAUUCCUGCUAUGGGUGGAUCUCGCGAUUGGUGACCGUGGUGCUUUUGAGAAUCGUGAUAUAGUUGUAACCCAUCAUAGUUUUCUUCUUCAAAUCUUUAUUGUUGAUUUAUAUGGUUACAAAAAAGUAACGUUGCCGCUUCUUAUGUACUCUAGUCGUUAUUUGCAAUUUUUUGCUCAGGUUGUGUGCGGACGGAUCGUUGAAUGAGUAUUUAUUAAGAUAGUGAAGCGUUUUACAGAUUCUCAAGCCUGAGCGAUGUUGUAAAGGCAAUGAUAUAUAAAUAAAUAUAAUAUGUUGA